AUGAGAUGGGCAGGAGUCACCUGGACGGACAGACAGCUGGUCCAGACCCUGGAUGAGAUGGUCAGGACAGACAGACAGAGUCUGAAGAUGCUGGACCAGCCCCUCAUGGCACCCUGCAAGGAGAAACAGGGCAUAGACUCUGACAGGAUUAUUGCGACGCUGUCUGCUGAUGAGCUGGGUCUGUUGCGGGAGCAUAUCUGUUUCCUGGACAAGAAGAUACAGCCGGGUCUCUCCAAGAUGCUCUGGAAGUUUAAGAUCAGGGACCUGGAAUUUGAGGGGGACCAGCAGUGCCACCACCAGGCCCACCACCAGGCCAAGCUCCUGAGGCUCAGCUCAGCACAUCAGGACAUCGUGGCCAUCAUGCCCCAGGUCUAUAAGACCUUCCUCACAGACAGGCCUGAGAUCCAGCAGCACUGGGUUGUACACACAGAGACGAUGGAUGGCAUGUGGUCCCUACAGGAGCUGUCCAAGGCCAUCAGCGGAGACAGCAAGACCUCACCCAACCCCCUCUUCUGUUCAGGGUGCAUGUGGUGCUGGGCCAGGAGGCCCCCGGAGCCAACUCACAGGCAGCGGGAGCAGCAAGGAGGACAGCUAACACAGGCUUACCUGAAGCCCUGGGACAAACACAGAGAGAUCCAGGGGAUCAACAAGGACCCCUUCAUCAGAAGACACCAGCGCCUCAACCCCCCCGUGUCCUCCUUCGACGCCGACUUCGCCAGUUUGGGAGGUGAGAGUACCCCACCACCCUCAAAGGUGCGGACUCCGGCCGCAAAACCUGAACCUAUAGGGGAGGGUCUGGGUGGGCAUCUAUCCGCGGUGGCGGCUCUGGUGCGGGACGUAGACCCCGCUCCACCUCUGGCUCACCCCACUUUGGUACCGCCUCUGGUGCGGGGACCGCCGACCCCGGACUGGGGACCCUCGCUGCAGGCCCCGGACUGGGCACCCUCGCUGCGGGCCCCGGACUGGGCACCCUUGCUGGUGGCCCCGGACUGGGCACCCUCGCUGCGGGCCCUGGACUGGGCACCCUUGCUGGUGGCCCCAGACUGGCCCGUGGAGCAGGCACCGGACUCACCAGGCUGGGGAGACCUACUGGAGGCCUGGUCCGUGGAGGAGGCACGGGAUGAACCAGGAGCCCUACUUGAGGCCUGGUCCAUGGAGGAGGCACAGGAUGAAACAGGAGACCUACUUGAGGCCUGGUCCGUGGAGGAGGCACAGGAUGAAACAGGAGACCUACUUGAGGCCUGGUCCAUGGAGGAGGCACAGGAUGAAACAGGAGACCUACUUGAGGCCUGGUCCGUGGAGGAGGCACAGGAUGAAACAGGAGACCUACUUGAGGCCUGGUCCGUGGAGGAGGCACAGGAUGAACCAGGAGACCUACUUGAGGCCUGGUCCAUGGAGGAGGCAUGGGAUGAACCAGGAGCCCUACUGGAGGCCUGGUCCUUGGAGGAGGCACAGGAUGGACCAGGCUGGGGAGACCUACUGGAGGCCUGGUCCUUGGAGGAGGCACAGGAUAGAUCGGGCUGUGGGGGAGCACUGACCGUCCCAUGUGCUCCCCUGCCUUUCCUGGCCACUCUGCUUGGUCCUUUGGUGGUGGGUAGUUCUGUCACGGGCGACGUAAGGAGUAGACCAAAGUUCCGGUGUGGUCCGUUUGUCAGUGUGGUGAUGUGUGAGUCAGCCCUGGAGAAGGAAGCAGCGCUGAGAGGCCAGCUGGGCACACUGAAGGAGGUGGAGAAGGAAGCAGCGCUGAGAGGCCAGCUGGGCACACUGAAGGAGGUGGAGAAGGAAGCAGCGCUGAGAGGCCAGCUGGGCACACUGAAGGAGGUGGAGAAGGAAGCAGCGCUGAGAGGCCAGCUGGGCACACUGAAGGAGGUGGAGAAGGAAGCAGCGCUGAGAGGCCAGCUGGGCACACUGAAGGAGGUGGAGAAGGAAGCAGCGCUGAGAGGCCAGCUGGGCACACUGAAGGAGGUGGAGAAGGAAGCAGCGCUGAGAGGCCAGCUGGGCACACUGAAGGAGGUGGAGAAGGAAGCAGCGCUGAGAGGCCAGCUGGGCACACUGAAGGAGGUGGAGAAGGAAGCAGCGCUGAGAGGCCAGCUGGGCACACUGAAGGAGGUGGAGAAGGAAGCAGCGCUGAGAGGCCAGCUGGGCACACUGAAGGAGGUGGAGAAGGAAGCAGCGCUGAGAGGCCAGCUGGGCACACUGAAGGAGGUGGAGAAGGAAGCAGCGCUGAGAGGCCAGCUGGGCACACUGAAGGAGGUGGAGAAGGAAGCAGCGCUGAGAGGCCAGCUGGGCACACUGAAGGAGGUGGAGAAGGAAGCAGCGCUGAGAGGCCAGCUGGGCACACUGAAGGAGGUGGAGAAGGAAUCUCGACUACCUGCAGCAGGUGUGGGAAAUCACCCAGCGUUGCGAUGCCCACUGGAAUGAGUGGAAGGCGGGUCUGUUUGUCACCCUGCAGACAGAGAGCAGGGGAGAACCCCGCCCAGGCCAUAGUCAAGAAUACACAAACUCAGCAGAGAACUCAAGGUCAGGCUAACUCAACUACACUUGUCAUUUUAUUCUACUCUAUAUUCGAUCAGUCUUUGCUUAGCCCUAAACUGCUGUCCUAUGUAGCAUGAUACCGACCAAAUUCCUUGCUUAGUUCCAAGUACUGUAUCUUUACAAUAUUUUGUAGAAUAUAUAUAUUUGUUGUACAUAUGAUCAUCAUUUUAACUUCUUGAAGCAGUUUAUAAUGCAGUCAUAAUGCAGUAAAGCUCCACAUCUGCAGAUGUUGUUGUUGUUGUUGCUGCUGUUGUUGUUUUUGUUGUUGCUGUUGCUGUUGUAUGUCUGCAAGAUAAUCAGAGGGAGAAAGCAGACUUCUCUAAGAACAGCAUUGACCAGUUCAAGAGGACCAUCCCUCCUAUGUUUGACCUGAGGAACCCAGCCAUGAGAGACCGUUCCGUCCUCACACUGUGCAGAGCCGAGGGGGCUGGCGCCAGUCCCCACCUGGAGGAAUGUGGGCUCCUCCAAAAAAUAUUUCACUCACAGCAGUGCUCCUAACUCCUCCUCAGCUACCCUCUGAUUGGCUGUGGCGUUCCCAAAAAAACAUUCCUAACUUCCUAUCCAUCCAACUCGAUUCCGGAAUGUUUUGACAAGGAACCUAAAGAGGAGAGAGGAACGCAGCGACUGAAGAGAGAAGAGACAACCAAUGUGCUAGUUACAGCAUCAGAGCGCGUCUGGAAAUACAGCUUGUCAAUUACAGCAGCACGUCCACUGAACGAUAACGAAGAGUGCAACAACAAAAAAAGUGUCACCUUUUUGGGCCCUCACCAGUUUGCUUCCCUGAUACUUUGGUCAGGGGGGUGACCAAGAACUCCAUGAUCACUCUGACAGCUCUAGAGUUCCUCUGUGGAGACGGGAGAACCUUUCAGAAGGACAAUCAUCUCUGCAGGACUCCAUCAAACAGGCCUUUAUGGUAGAGGAGAUAAACGGAAACAAGAUUCUCUGGUCUGAUGAAGCCAAGAUUGAACAUUUUGGCCUGAAUGCCAAGCGUCACGUCUGGAAGAAACCUGACACACAUUUGGCAUUCUAUUGACUGACCUUCAUGUGUUAAAGUAAUGGACUGUCAUUUCUCUUUGCUUAUUUGAGCUGUUCUUGCCAUAAUAUGGACUUGGUCUUUUACCAAAUAGGGCUAUAUUCUGUAUACCUGUCACGUUCUGACCUUAGUUCUUUUGUUAUGUCCUUGUUUUAGUUUGGUUGGGGUGGGUACUCUAUGUUCUUUUUUCUAUGUUGUGGUUUUGUGUUUGGCCUGGUAUGGUUCUCAAUCAGAGGCAGGUGUCGUUCGUUGUCUCUGAUUGAGAGUCAUACUUAGGUAGCCUUUUCCCACCUGUGUUUGGUGGGUGAUUAUUUCCUGUUUAGUGUUUUUUUUUCAUUCACCUUACGGGACUGUUCGUUUAUUGUUUUGUUCAGUGGUCAGUUAUUUUAUAAAAAAUAUGAACGCUUACCACACUGCGCUUUGGUCCUCACCUUCUUCCACCACAGAGGAUCGUUACAAUUACCACCCCUACCUUGUCACAACACACUUGGCUCAAACGCAUUAAGAAGGAAAGAAAUUCCACAAAUUAACUUUUAAAAGGCACACCUGUUAAUUGAAAUGCAUUCCAGGUGACUACCUCAUGCAACUUGUUGAGAGAAUGCCAAGAGUGUGCAAAGCUGUCAUCAAGGCAAAUGGUGGCUACUUUGAAGAAUCUCAAAUAUAAAAUAUAUUUUGAUUUGUUUAACACUCUUUGGUUACUACAUGAUUCCAUAUGUGUUAUUUCAUAGUUUUAAUAUCUUCACUAUUAUUCUACAAUGUAGAAAUAGUUGUGGUCCUUCUGUAGCUCAGUUGGUAGAGCAUGGCGCUUGUAACGCCAGGGUAGCGGGUUCGAUCCCCGGGACCACCCAUACGUAGAAUGUAUGCACACAUGACUGUAAGUCGCUUUGGAUAAAAGCGUCUGCUAAAUGGCAUAUAUAUAUAAAUGGCAUAUAUAUACAUAUAUAUAUAAAUAGUUAAAAUAUCAAAACAAAACUUGACUGAGUAGGUGUGUCCAAACCUUUGACUGGUUCUGUAUAUUUACCCCCUAAAAUAUUUGGGGGAUUGAUAAUGAUGCAAACAAUUACAUUGAUGGAAGCUACAAUAUGUCUGCAAAAUUAAAGCUGAUACUGAUACUGAUACUUCAAUCUCUGUGUCAGGUGCAAUAUUGUCAAUCAUUAUGACAGUCAGUGAUAAUGACUGAGGUUACAGGACUGAAUCCAUAGUGUCCAUUUACAUGGUACCAAACCCUCUUUAUGGCUGUAAGUCUCGCUUCACACAGAUAAGAGAUAAUACAAUAGAUUUAAUAAAAUACUAUAUAACUACUUAAAGGAGAAGUGUACCCAAAAUCCAGAAACUACCAAGUGAUUCCAUACAUUGAAACCAGUUCAAUCGAGUUUGCCCUCUCCCCUUCUCUCUUCGUAUAGAGCUGUACUGAAACAGCUUCAAAUACGGGUCACGUAACUCGUGACAUUGCUGGAUGCAGGCUUUGCACUGCUCCAUUGCCAGUGAAUUCAUGAUUCAGAAAUCUGCGAAAACACGUUGACAAGAUCUCUGAGAUAUCAGGAACCGCCAGCAAAGAACUUUCCAUAGAACAGGUUAGAGCAGGCCUGGGCAAAGGACGGCCCGUCCCACGGCUCGCGGAAUGGUGCUCAGAUCACAUUAAGAAUUGGCGAUUCGUAACGUUUUGAAAAACAUAUUUGUAAUUCAAAUUAAAAGCCCAAUGAAUACUCACUUUUGAGGAAUGAUUUAACUCCCACCGCUUGUGGGACAUUUAUUUUGAAGGCACGUAUAAAUAACAACUGCACGAGGACAGACCGUGACUGACAGGCUGACACACACGUCACAGUUACAAAUAGUAGCUAGCUAGAAAUAUCGCAUAAAUUAGUUUUUCAAAGAUUUCAAAGAGAAGGAAAGUAGACAAUGAAUGUAGAUUGUUCCAGCAAGAGUGGACAUUGAAAUAUUUCUUUGCUGAGGUAUCAGCGAAAGCUGUGUGGUAAGUGUGCAAAGAGAGCAUCGCUGUCUUGAAAGACUACAACUUCUCCCGACACUUCCAGACAAAGCAGGCAGAGAAAUAUAGGUAUAUGAGUAGAGGGCAAGUGCAUCGAAAGAGUUGCUUUCUCAGAUACAGAAGCUGCUAGGACUUUUCACAGAACUGCAUUCAGCAAACAACGAAAUUGCUAGAGCUAGCCAUGUACUGUCCCACAAAAUUGCUAAACAUAGCAAGCCAUUCGCUGGGGGCGAAUUCAUUAAAUAAUGUUUAAUUGACUCUGCAGCAAUACUUUGCCCUGACAAGAAAGAGCUGUUUAAAAAUGUUUCCCUGUCAAGACGAACAGUGACACGGCGUGAUGAGGACAUCACUGUCAUGCCAUUAUCUGUUUCACCUGUCCUUGUGAUUGUCUCCACCCCCUCCAGGUGUCGCUGAUUUUCCCCAGUGUAUUUAUCCCUGUGUUUCCUGUCUCUCUGUGCCAGUUCGUCUUGUAUGUUUCCAAGUCAACCAGUGGUUUUCCCCGUUCUCCUGGUUUUUGCAUUCUUCUUUUUCUCGUCCUCCUGGUUUUGACCCUUGCCUGUUUCUGGACUUUGUAUCCACCUGCCUGACCAUUUUCCCUGCCUUGACCACGAGCCUGUCUGCCACUCUGUACCUCCUAGACUCUGAUCUGGUUUUGACCUUUUGCCUGUCCACGACCUUUUGCCUUCUCCUUUUGGAUUAAUAAAUAUUGUAAGACUCCAA